AUGACUGACCGAAGAAGAAUCAAUGGGCCGCCCAGCGGCACGAGGCCUGCAGUUUUUGCCUCGUCUCUAAACUCCGCCUCCGAUAUUGCGACUGGCCGACCACAACGUCAGAGGCAACCUAAUGAAUUGCGGAAAAUCUUCUUGAAAACUGGCCUCAUUCCUUCUGCUUCUGGAUCCGCCUAUCUUGAAUAUGAACCUUCGGCUUCUCUCGCCGCCGCACGCUCGUCACCCAAGUCUCUCAUCCCCCCCUCCUCAGCAUUGAAACUCGCCUGCACAGUCCAUGGACCGAAACCGCUUCCUCGCUCUGCUACGUUCUCCCCCAACCUAGUCCUUACAACUCACAUCAAAUAUGCUCCGUUCGCCGCCCGCAAGAGGAAAGGACAUAUCCGCGAUGCCAGCGAACGAGAUCUUGGAGUACACCUAGAGACCGCCCUGAGAGGGGUGAUUGUCGCUGAGCGGUGGCCGAAGAGUGGACUCGAUAUCACUAUCACCAUCCUAGAAGCAGAAGAUGACCGUUGGUGGGGCGAUGCGCCCGACUCUCAUGAUGCUCCAUGGGGAAUGAUGAAUGUUCUUGCUGGAUGUAUUACCGCUGCGUCUGCUGCCAUCUCAGACGCUCGUAUUGAUUGCCUUGAUCUCAUUGCUGGCGGUGUGGCUGCUAUUGUGGCCGACGAAUCAGAAGACGGCGAAGCCAAGCCGAAGUUGAUGUUAGACACAGAUCCAGCGGAACACAAGGCCAUAUUGUCCGCAUGUGUGGUCGCUUAUAUGCCUUCCAGAGAUGAAAUUACAGAGAUUUGGCUCAAGGGAGACAGCUCAAAGGCGCUGUUAGGACCCGAUGAUAAGCGCUCUGGACACGAAGCACUGUUAGAUGGUGCUGUGGAUGCUGCUCGGGGGGCACAUUCCGUCCUGGCAGAGGCUGUCAGAGAGUCUGCGGAGCGCUUUGCGGGUCUGGCUCCUGGGGGAGGUGCUACACAAUAA